ACAUGCGACCAACAACAACCAAGUCAAGAAGAUGGCAAAAAGACUGCUCAGGCUCAGUCAAACGACCAUCAAACCAACAACAUACCAACAACAACCCAUCGAAGGUCUCACUCAUGGCCAAUCAGUCCAACACGUCAUCCUCAACAAGUUCCACAUCAAUCGACCCGAACAACAGUCACCCUCGGACCAUGAGCAACUGGUCUACCCCCUCUCGAGCUUCGUAUUCGGACAACCGUUCCGGUCGGAUAUCAUCCAUCGUUGCGUGAACUUCGAACGAAGCCUGAUGCGAUCGGGCAGUGCUAAUACAAAAACUAGAUCAGAAGUCGCCAUGUCAGGCCGAAAGUUACGACCCCAAAAAGGCUCCGGAAGAGCCCGAUUAGGCGAUGCAUCCUCGCCGACCUUACGGAAGGGAGGAGCGGCCUUUGGGCCGAAGCCGAAAGACUGGGCCCAAGGGAUCCAACGGAAAGUAUGGGAGCUAGGAUUACGGACGAUCUUGAGCCAACGAUGGCGAGAGGGGCGUCUGAUCGUGGUGGACAAGUUCGAGAUGGAUGGGCAAGAGGAAGCGAGUGAACAGCUAGCAAGAUUGAUGAACCAACGAGCUUGGUCGAGUGCCGUGAUGAUCGCUGGAGGUCAUUGGGGCACCGAAGCCAAUGGCUGGAAGGAUCCCGGAUUACUCCGUCAGGCGCUUGCCCGCACUCAUCUCGUUAAAGAUGGAAUCCGGCUCGGCCAAUCUGGUCCAGAAUGGGCCCGCAUCCAACGCACCAAGAUCCUCCCGAUCCUCAACAACAUCGACCUGGCACAUCCCAACGACCUCCGCCCUGGUAAACCCCAUCCGGCUGACCUCAAACCCGGUAGGAUCGGCAUCUAUCAUCUUCUCCUUCGUAAAUUCACUAUCCUCGACCUUAAUGCCGUCAGACAUCUCGAACAUCAUCUCACUCGUGACCUCCGUCAACCGAUCACCGCCCUCGGUCUCUCCCCUGCCGAAGCUCACUAUCAAUCCGUACUCGCCAAUCAAUCUCUCUCUCAACAAAUCCUUGACGCUUCUCAUUGAAUCACUUCCAUCCUACCCUCUCUGUCUCUUCUUUCUCCUAUAUCUAACAUUUCAAUUAAACCCCUGCGUUCUCUUACCCUAUUUUUGUAUUUCCUUCUUGUCAAAUAAUUAGAAGUUAACUCAAAAUCAAAAGUAGAGUCUGCACAGCCUUCCUCAAUGAUAAGGAAUGUGACAUUUGAAUGAAUGAAAGAAGUGUGCAUAAUGGGGG